AUGUCUUUAAAAUUUUUGACUGAACUAUCUGACGAUUAUAAAAAUCUUUUUGAGUCAGAAUUUGGAUAUGACGUUAUCAUUUAUGCAGGAGAAGAACCAAACAUUAAAGAAAUCCAUGCACAUUCAAAUAUUUUAUGUAUAAGAUCUCAAUAUUUUCGUUCUGCAUUUUCUAAUGAAUGGGCCGAAAAAAAGGAUGGAAAAUUUAUCUUUAAGAAACCAAAUAUUUCACCACAUUUAUUGGACAUCAUUCUAAGAUUUAUUUAUUAUGGAAAUAUUGAAUUAAAUAAUUUACAAGGUACAGAUGUAUUGAAAUUAUUGAUAGCUGUAGAUGAACUUAAUAUUCAAUCAUUGAUUACUUAUAUUCAAGAAUUUUUAAUUAAGCAUCAAACUGAAUUUUUAAAUCAAAACCCAUCCGGUGUUCUUGAAACUGUUUAUCAUCAUGAAGCGUUUACAGAUUUAUGGGAUUUUUUUCUUGAAGAAAUUUGUAAAGAACCCAAGAUUUUAUUUAAUUCUGAUAAUUUUGUUAAUUUAAAAGCUCCUUUAUUGGAAUUAUUGUUAAAAAGAGAUGAUUUGGAUAUUGAAGAAGUUGAAAUUUGGGAAAAUUUAUUGAGGUGGUGUUUUAAUCAACAAAAUAUUGAGAAUGAUCCAAAAAAAUGGAAUAAAGAUGAUAUUAUAAAAAUCGAGCGAUCAUUACAUAGAUAUGUUCCAUUAAUUAGAUUUUAUGAUAUUGAACCUGCAGAUUUCUUUUACAAGGUUUAUCGUUAUAAAGAUGUUUUACCACUAGAUUUAAUUAAUGAUCUUUUAGAAUUUCAUAUAGUUCCUAAUAUGAAACCUAAAACUGAUAUAACACCAUCAAGGAGAUUAUGUUUAAAAGUUGAUUCAACAUUAAUUGAACCUAAACACAUCACACUUUUCGCUUCAUGGAUUGAUAGAAAAGAUUCUUCAAAUUAUUAUAAUUUAAAAAAUAAUCCUUACUAUUUUAAAUUAUUACAUAGUUCAAAUCAAGAUGGUUUUAAUACUGAAUCAUUUCAUAAUAAUUGUGAUAAUAAAGGAGCUACUAUUUGGGUAGCAAAAAUUCAAGGUUCAACACAGUUAAUUGGAGGAUAUAAUCCACUUGAUUGGGAAGGAAAUAAAUGGAAAACAACUUCUGAUAGUUUCAUAUUUAAUUUUACAGAUAUAAAAAAUAAUUCUACAGUAAAAUAUUUAGGUUAUGUUAAUCAGAAACUUUUUGCUGUUUAUUGUGGUAAUGAAUAUGGACCUAAAAUGGGUUAUCUAAAUAGUUAUAGUUCGAAAAAUUGGACUAAUAAUAAUAAUAAUAAUGGAAGUCAUAUCUAUCCUAAUAUAGGUAUUCCAGACAAAUUUACAGUAGAAAAUUACGAAGUAUUUCAAGUAGUUAAAAAAAAAAAAUAA